AUGCUUACUUAUCUAGGUAAGUACGUAUUUUGUGCAACAUGUUUAUCAGAAUAUCUUAUCUAUAUUUUUCAAAAUUUAAAGUUAUCAUCAAUUACAAUUUAUUAACCAUUUAAUUUAAUAUUAUUUUUUAUCAUUAUCUCAACUACUUUAAAAUGUAUUAUUUUGAAAACAUUUUCUAAGAAUACUAAAAUGUGACAACUAACUAAAAUUUUCAUAAACUAUGCUUUUAUUCAAAAUGGCGACGUACUUGGUAGUUAUCUGAUCGUGAAAUAGGUUAUACAGCAUAAAUUAAAAUAUUUAAAGACUUAUAUAAAUUAUCAAACUUGUUAUAGCUUUGAAAAUAAUAGUAUGUUUACGUUGAAAUAAUUGAUUUAAUCGUGACACGUUUUUAUGUUCUGUUGAUCAACGCAAACGUGGAGAAUGGCUGAAAAUGUUAUUCAGUACGAUGAAGAGGUUUUCCGUUCCAUUAAAACACUUCUUUGGGGCAGUAAUGUCAAAGAAGAUGUUUUUAAACGAUGGGCUCAAGGAUUUUAUUUUAGUUCAGAUGAACCUACAGCAUUGAUUCAAGCAGAAGGCGGACCUUGUGCAGUUAUAGCACCAGUCCAAGCUUUUAUUUUAAAGCAGUUAUUGUCAGAGGCUGAUAUUUCAACUUGGAGAAGUAUAAGUUCACAUAAAUGUUAUCAACUUCUUGUGCGAGCAACAGUUGAAAUUCUAAAACAGGCAGCAGGAGAAAAACUUCCAAAGUUUUCCAUUGUAUACAUGAAUUGUAAAUUUCCAAAUUCAGAAAAUGAAGAUACAUGUAGAUUGUUUGAAAAAGUGUCUGAAAUCCAUAAGGAGGAGGAGGAGGAAAUGAAUGUGGAAAGAAAAAAAAGUGACAAAAGGAAUGAAAGAACGUUACCUAAGGAAAUAAAUGAGGAUUCUAAGGAUGUAAAUUCUGAUGAUUUUCAUUCUCAUUUGAGGUUAUUUACAACGAAUUUCUCAGAACAAGUAGAGGAAUUCUUAACAGAGAUGUUGGACAUGUUGAAACAUCGAUACGGUGUCUUACUACUUCUCUAUAGUGUAAUUGUUACAAAAGGCGUUCCAGAAAUUCGCGUUGAAAUGUCGGAUCCUUUAGAAUCAAUGAUUGAUUCAACUUAUGGUUAUGGAAGUCAAAGUCUCAUAAAUUUAAUGCUCACUGGGAGGGCAGUCAGCCACGUAUGGGAUUAUGACCAAACCAUUGGAGAUCUCAAAUUACGAGGCGUAGACAAGCAGAACCCUAUAGGAUUUCUUGCUCUCCUUGAAUAUUUACGUUAUUGUGAAGUGGGAACAUUUUUAAAGUCUCCAUCCCAUCCUAUAUGGGUAUUGGGUUCAGAAACGCAUUUAAGUGUGCUCUUUUCUACUGAAAAAAGAUUAGUGAGUCCUGACACACCUGCGGAACAGGCAAAACGGGUGUUUAGAAAAUUUGAUCACGAGGGAACCAAUUUCAUUCCUGCUAAUUUGUUACAAGAUGUCCUUGCUGAACUUGGAUUAGUUGCAGAUGCAGAAUAUGUCGAUAUAAUGAGGAAAAAGUUGGAUAGUGAAAACUUGGGAAUUAUAUUGCGUUCUUCCUUUAUGGACGAAUUUUUUCCCGAAGAAACACGAAGUUGUCCUGAUAUAUUUCCAUUAUAUCACUACAAUGGUCUUUCGCGAAGUAAUAAGGAAAGUAAAGUAAUGUAUCGUAAAGGACAAGCGGUUUUAUUAGAAUGUACCAUCAAAGGUAUUUUGGAAAGUAACCCUAUGUUGACAGUACUUCAAACGAAAUGGCCAAGAAUUGAAGUUCAGUGGGAUAUUGGACAGAAUCCGAGUCUUAAUUAAUAAAUAUUGCUCAGAUUCUAUUUUUCAUAAUAUUACUAGAACUUCGGCAUAAACAAAUAUGCGAUUAAGUUACAUAAACUUUGAGGAAAAUACCAAUUAUAUGUAUGUAACUUAUCUAAUAUGUGUUUAUGUUUGAAAAAAAUCAGAAUUGUUCAAUUAGAACACUAAUUUACAACAGAAGAAAUGUAUUAAAACUAUUUAGCAAAAUUGUUUAGCAUACAGUAGGCUUUCUUUUUCAAUUGUUAAUUAUUAAAAUUGAAGUCUUCAUUAUUCUAAAUAAGUAAAUUCAUUCUUUCAAAAAUUAAAUUAAAAGUUAAAGGAAUGUACAAGAUACAUUGUGAUAUUUGUAAUGAUUAUAAUAAUACAACUUUGAUGAAAUUUCAGCAUUAGUGCAACACUGACGAUUUGUUUCGACAUCAGAUAACUGCUUAAUUGUGUAAUGUAUGUAAAACCUGAACAUAGUUUAAUAACUUAUGAGAAAAAACAGAAAUCAAAUAGAUGAUAAGAUUAAAUUAAGUAUCGAAUAAUAUAUUACAAAUAAUAUAAAAGGGAAGAAAGUAGAAUAAAAAGUAACUAGAACAACUGGCAAAUCAAUUUUGAUUACUUAAAAUUCGUGAAAAUGAAUCAGAGUGAUGUACACACAAAUGCGAAGAAUAGUUAGAAAAUUAAAAAGGGACAAAAGCAGAUGAUGUGUAAUAGAAAUAAAAUAAAAUGUAUAUGAGAGAAA